CGACCUCAUCCCAGUACCUCGUCUCCUCCCAAUCCCUCCCCCUGCUCACCACAAUGCUCUCCUUCGCCCCCCGUGCCGCCCUCCGCGCCCCCCAAGUCAGGAGCUUCACCACCUCGUCCCCGCGCCAAUCGCUCGGCUUCAGCGGCACACUGCCCCUCACGGGCCCGCUGUCCACGGUAGUGCUGUACGUGCGCCCGCCGGUCGUCAGCGCCCAGACGGACGGAUACAGACUGCCGCUGGACGCGAGCGGCGCCGCGAGCGUGUUCAGCACGGCGUACCCCCCAGGCGAGGGCGGCGAGCGGCGCGAGCUCCGCGUGCCGGAUUUCGCACUCACCCCGGACCCGGUCGCGGCUGGCGUGCUCGCGCAGCUGGCGCACAAGCUGGAGAAGAACGUCUCGGCGGCGGCGUUCAAGCUCUCUGCGUUUGGAAAGGGCGGACACGUGUCCCAGAGCGUCAACAAGUCCCAGGCGCCCGGGUACCUCGGCACACUGACCGUCACCCUGCCGUCCCAGUUCAGCGGGGGCUCGCUCGUCGCCUCCGACGGCGCGGACAAGGCGGCGUUCGACUUCGCCGAGGCGAGCCAGGGCAAGGCGCUGGCCUGGGCAUUCCACCCCAAGGGCGCAGCGUACGAAGUCCGCCCUGUCGACAGCGGCACCCUCGUGUCCGUCUCGUACGAGGUGUUCGCGGACAAGUAACAGUAUAUAGGCACAGGUGGGGACUGCUUCAUGCGAUAAUGUCUAUACAACCGUCUACUUUUGUUGUUUGCCAUGGGAUAUGAUACAGUGCGCAAGGCGCCUUUUGCCUUUUGGUUGAGUGACUGACCGACUGUUCGGUUGAUUGGCGACUUGAGUUACUGGUUGAACCAGUCGACUUCCUUCUGCUCGGCGACUCGGGUUACUGGUUGAACCAGUCGACUUCCUCCUCCUC